AUGGCACUACCAGGACUCGGACCCUUCACCCAGGAGGAGUUUACCACAUACACACACUUCGUCGACCAGACAUUCCCCGUCUCCGACGUCGUCAACAGCAAUGCAUGUAAGGCCGUCCGACCGACCGACUGUAUGCUCCAGGGAUUUCAAGUUUUCUCUAAUUCUUCUUCUUUUUCUGUAGGGAAACAACGAUCGAUCGAUGAACUGGCCGGGUGGCACCCCCAACUCCGACCCAUCAUCGUCGCCCGUAUGAAUGCGCUGCUGCACACCUCCAACCGACUCCUCGCGGACCGGCGAGAUGCCCAGGAGAUGAGAGAAUACCUGCAAAACACGCCGAUGACGACGCAUCGGUACAUGGACAAGAUCCAUCAACAGCGCGACAAGUCGACGAUCCUGAUCGCGGGCUACCAGAGCUUUGACGCGGCGCUGAAGCAUUUCUACCACUGGUAUGAGGCCCAGGGACCGGCGGGAGAUUCGCACCUCCUCGAAGGUAUCGCGUGGCAUAUCCAUUGGGUCCACGGGGACCUGAACCGCGCGGAGGAGAACCGAGAAUUCUGGAGAUCGGAGAUGCAGCGCUUACGAGCGCAGUCGCCUCGAGUUUUCAGAAGGGGGAAACCGGGGAAUUACGCACGGGACAGGGCCAGCAACCGCGGCAUGGCCAGGGCACGGCAGUGGCCCAAUGUCCCGUUGCAGCCUUGGAAUAUGAGCAAUGAGCCCGAGGGAACGUGGCAUACGGUCAAGCAAUUCGAAGCAGGAGCCAUGGGGAAGACCUACCUGAAGCUGAAAGUCGAUCGCAAUGGCCGCGUGGUGAGUCGGAUGGUGGUGAAGUUCACCAAGUAUGGAACAAAUCCUUGGUUUCCGACGCAAUGGAGGCUCAGACCGGAUGGCACUCGCUGGCCCCUCGAAUGGCUGACGCAGACGGCUGUGUCCCGUGGUCAAGGCGCGAGGCAUGCUCUCAGGACUCUGGGCGAGCCUAUUGUCACGCAGCAGGACAACGGCAACGGCUGGGUCCAGAUGAAGUUGCCCUACGCGGCUUUAGGAGACCUGUCCAAUAUGCUCACCGCACACUCUCAGGCGGAUCAAAUGAUACCGGAGCCUUUCUUGUGGUUAUGCUUGCUUGCUUUGGCCGAGACAGCCCUCAUUAUGAAGCAGGGAGGACUCGCCCAGCAAGUUGGAAACUGGGAACAGGUCGUCCACCGGGACCUCAAACCAGAGAAUGUUUUCCUAGAUUUUGCGGACCCAGGGCACUUCCCUCACUUCCCCAAGCCGCUGUGAGUCGUACGCUUCUGAAGUGCUGCCGGGUGUAAUAAGCUGACUGAUUCGUAGUGUGGCCGACUGGGGUCUUGCGUUUUUCACAGACGAGACAGAUCCAGCAAAUCCAUUCCUCCACACCGACGCCGGGACACCGGGACACCUCGCACCCGAGCAGCCUACCUGGAUUGACGACUACACCGGUGAGAUGUGUAACAGUGUAAAGAUACUUUCUCCCUGCAACAGUAAGUCAAGCACAGUCGUUUCUCACACUGCAAGGAUGUUGGAACUGACCCGCACGCAUUAGUCUUUGAAAUCGGCUCCAUCAUGCUCUCGUUAAUGCACUUGACCAACCUGUACGAAGAUGUCCAUCAGAAUACAAGGCAGCAAUACAACAUCAUGAGCCCAAGCUGGAUGAUGUAUAGCACGGAACUUCGCGAUACGGUGAGCGCGUGCGUGGAAUUCCAAAUAUACAACAGGCCGACGCCGGAAACGCUUUUGGAUUUCGUGAACCAGCAUAUAGCAAAUAGCAACAUUCUGCAGGAUGCGGAAAGUGGCGUUGGGGUAAUGGCUAUGGACGUACCCAUCGUUCAUCCGGAGAAGGCGGAGUACCAGCUGGGAUUCGCGCGGAAGCAAGAUGCGAAUGCAGGCGCACGGGAAGGACGAGGUGCACCGAGAGUCGUGAAUCCUUGA